CCUUAAGAGCAGCUCUCUCCAUAGCAACUGAAAACUUUUCAAGGCAGCAAUAAGCUAAUCCUCUCCAGCUUCCAGAGCACCAUCAAGGAAUUUUAAAAACAUUGGACUUCCAUCAGCUAAAUACUUCUGAGGAUUCAGAAGGCCACAAAACUAGAUGCACAGGCAUUCUUUUUCCCUUCAGAAGAUUCCUCAGGUUUCAAGUUUAAGCUGUGAAGUGCAAACAACAAUCCAACAUUCAGUGCAGAUCACGCACUGCAGGAAGAGGAGAUGUGUUUUCUGACCAAGCAUCCAGCUCUUGGGGUGGUAUGUUCUGCUCUCAUAUUCAGCGUGCUCAUUGCUGAAGGACAGCCUGGGGAAGAGCAUGGGCAGGAUGUCAGCUAUGCUCCCAGCCGAGGUUAUCUGAUGGAAGUUUUACGCGUUCUUUCAGCUGACAACACUGAGCUCCACAUGAACCACUCACGAGAACUGGUCAAAAUGUUACUGGAGAGAGCUGAGUGCCCACAGCGGAUUUAUGGCAUGCAAGAGGAUUGUAAUCUGUGCCUUGAAGCAGAUGCUUUGAUACUAGUAGCUGGUGGAGAUUUAGCAGACCAUCUCAGCGAAGAAGUAUUUGAGAGAAUUUCUCUUAUUCUUCUCUACUACAUUCUUCAUCGUGGAGAUAUGUGUUCUCCAGAACUCAGCUUGAAUAAUAAGGAUUAUAAAUUUUAUCUACAGAGUAUGCUUAGUUUAAGACAUGAUGAAGACUGUUAUUAUUUUUCACGGAAUGAAACUGAAGAUACUUUGGCUGCAGUAAGGCAACAUUUUAAAAGUUCUGAAACCCAGUGUGUUGAUGUGAGUAUUCUGGAGAAAAAUGCUGAUAUAAUAGACAGAGAUGGUGCUGAUGAAAACACUCUUCCACGCCUGGCUGCUUUAAUCAUUACUCUGGCUCUCCAAGGAGUUUGUAUGGGGAAAGCAAGUUUGCCCUCCCCAGAAUUUUUUAUAAAAUAUAUUUUCAAUUCUCUGAACAGUACCACUGAGCUUCAAGUGACAGAACUAGAUCGACUACUGAAUGUGCUUACAGCCAAAAAGACCUGCACUGUAAAUGGACAGUUUCACAGUCACAAAAGAAGACGUUAUAGUAUGGCAACCAGAGAUAUUGGAACCAGAAAUAUUCCAGUCAAAGGAGACCGUAAAGAAGGAGACUAUCUGAAAGGUCAUUUUGGAGAUUAUGAAAGGAAUGCAGAUUGGGACCAGGUUUGUUUCUCUGCCAAUGAACUUGUGAAGAUUUUUUUAAAAAACAGUUCUUCCUCCAUUUCUAAGGACCACUUCAAGCAAAUCAGUCCAGCUAUCAUUCAGCAACUAUUAAGCUGUUCAUGUCAGCAUCCUGACUCCAAGCAGACAAAGUUUCCACCAACAGCUUUGGAAAAAUAUGGUUACAGCACUGUUGCUGUUUUACUUAUUACUAUUGGAUCUAUGUUUGGUACAACCCUCAUUUUAUUUAACUCCUGUCAAGAAAUCUAUACACUCAUUUUACAGCUGUUUGUCGGUUUGGCUGUUGGGACCCUUUCUGGAGAUGCAUUGCUACACCUUAUUCCUCAGACUCUUGGUUUACAUAAACAUGAAGUACAAGAAGUAGAACAUUUCUAUGAGGGGAAAGAAUACAUUUGGAAACUUUUGGGAAUAAUUGGAGGAAUUCAUGGAUUUUUUCUGAUAGAAAAGUGCUUUUUUCUUUUGGUAACAACACGUGACCAGCAGGGCCUUUCUUUAGUUAAUGGGCACUGGGGACAUUCCCAUGAUCUUCCAGUGGAAUCUGAAUUAAAUGAACAUUCAGGCAGAGGCAAAUCUACUUCAACCAUACAGUUGAGAAGCCCAGAAGAUUCUGAGUCUGCUGAAGUUCCUCCAGAGAGUAAGGCGAUCAGCAAAAAAAGUAAGAAAAUUAGCUUGUUAGCAAUAAUGGUUUUGGUGGGUGACAGUCUUCACAAUUUUGCUGAUGGCUUGGUAGUAGGAGCAGCGUUCUCAUCCUCAACAGAAACAGGUGUGACAACGACUAUUGCUAUUUUAUGCCAUGAAAUUCCUCAUGAAAUGGGAGAUUUUGCUGUGCUGCUAAGUACAGGGCUCCCCACGAAGAUUGCAAUUUUGAUGAAUUUUAUAAGUGCACUAACAGCAUUCUUAGGACUUUAUAUUGGCCUUUCUGUAUCAACAGACUCAUGCAUUCAAAACUGGAUUUUUACUGUUACAGCUGGAAUGUUCUUGUAUUUAUCUUUAGCAGAAAUGCUUCCUGAAAUGACUCAUAUUCAGACGCGGCGACCCUGGUUGAUGUUUCUCCUACAGAACCUUGGAUUACUAUUAGGCUGGCUUUGCCUCCUACUUUUGGCUAUAUAUGAACAGAAAAUUAAAAUAUAAGUUUUCUAUCAGAAAUCUUGAAGUACCACUUAUAACAGUGGAUAGCAUUAUUCACAAUUUUGUCAUGUCUGCUAUAGUGACAUAUAAAGUUGCUGGGAUUUUUAUAUCUGAAAAGUAGAUAACUAUUUCAGUUUAUUAACUUAUUGUUCUGAUUUUGUAAUCUUUUUUGUAAACAUGAAUGUUUAGAAUUAUGUUUUAUUUGUUAUUGAGUUUACCAGAUCCCAUGCUCAAACUCACAGGAGCUUUUGAUUAGUUUUUAUUGAGACCGUUCUAGUUGAAUGUUCUAAGUGAUCUUUGCCAGUUUGAUUGAAGAAAAGAAAAAUAUACUUUUAUAUGCAAUAAUUGAAGUGGACUAACCAUAGUUGAAUAAUUUGAAGCAGAAAUGAGUUUUGCCUCUUAGUACAAAGAAUAAAUGUAUUUCUAUAAAACUAAAAAGUGUAGCAAAGCUAAACUGUUAAAUGGCAUACAGCAAUCUCAUAUUAUAUGCACUAUCUACUUUGUCAGCAUAAAGAUCCUCAGUAAUCAUAUCUUCCUGCUCCACUGUGGCAGGUAAAAAAUUACAAAUGUAAAUGUUGAAGUUUAUGAUCUAAAAAUCUGAGAAUGUCCUUUUCUCUCUGUAAUAUAAUUUGUCAUAUGUGCAAUGGAAUCUGUGACAGUCAAGCAUUGGACUAUAUAGUAACUGUCAGAGUAACCACCUUCUACAUUAUCUCACCUCUGAUGGUUGCUCAUAGUAAACGCUUAUGAAGGAUCAUAAGCAUAUAUGUUUAAAUUGUUUUUCCCUGAUAUCCCUUCCAGGCUCCUCAAACCAAUGGAUUCCUUGAGCCGGACACUGCUUCUGAGCCAUCAUGUUUAAUAAACAUCAAUAGUGCCUUCCUGUCA